GACAGAUCAUAAUAGUGCUAGUAUCCGAACGCAGCGCGUUGCUGUCAGUUUUCCCGCCGAUAUACUUCGUUCUAUUUUUGAAAUUCGGAGUGUUACUUUUUUAAGGAUUUACUUUUUUAUUUGUAUGAAAAUAAGGUCUGGCUUGUCUUUGGCUACCGGCAAAGACGUACAGACAAGCGAUUUAGCGUUCCGGUUCGAUGUCGUGUAGAAGAAGAUGGCACCGAACGCAAAUGACAACCUUCUCCGCCAAGUGACAGAGAAGAUGGAGAAGACAGAAGAGACCCACGUAGACGUGGAAGAGACCACCGAAUGUGAUUGUCGAGAAGCUCGUUUUAGUGUGGGGGACGCGCUAUUCACCAGUGUGGUGGUGGCGCCACAAGUGGUGAGCGUAUGGCGAGGCACAUGGGGCAUCAUGGAGUUGAACCCGCAGCUGUUCCCCUACGCGCAGAUAUACCUGCUGGGCAUCGUCUUACACGUCUGUUUCGCUUUGAUCAGAUCACACCUACUAGCGCGGUCCCGCAACGCGUGGGGAGAAGGGCGGGCGGGGAGGUGGCUACGCGAGCGCCUCAUCUGCAGGCUCUACACCUACAUCUUCAUCCUGGCCUGCAUCAUGCACUGGCGGGGAGGCUGGGGACUGCUGGACAGCCUGGUGGACGCUGCCUUCCCUGACCGGGACAACCCUCAUCGGCCCGUAAUGAUAGCCGGUAUCACCAUCCUCCUGUACUUCUGCAUCACGUGUCUCCGCUCGUCAAGGAACCUCCUCGCCCCACCAUAUUUCCUGGUGACUGAUGGAAAAGAACCCACCUACAUAUUCACUACCAGAUUUCAGACAAAGAGCAGCAGGGAGACAGCGCUGUACAUCCUGGACUGCCUGUUCUCUGUCACCGUGGUGGGGUCGCUGGUGGUCUUCGUGUGGCGUGGCUCCUGGGCGCUGCUGGACAUCUUCCUCUACCCUGACAACCUGGUCAAGUCCUGCUGGACCUCCUUGGUAGUAGGCUACGCGCUGGUAGUGCUCACGUUCGCCGCGCAGGCGCCGGUGCGGUGGGCGGUGGCUAAGCUCCAGGGCGCGCCGAGGCUGCUGCUAGCUGACGUGUACCAUCUGAUCUCGUUCCUGGCUACCGUCAACGUGUGGCGAGGGAUAUGGGGCUUGCUGGACAUUUACUUCUUCCCAGAAACACCCAAGCUCAGCAACUGGUUCUCCCACGUCAUCAGCCUGGUGCUGCUCAUCCUCCUCAACUGCUCCAACUCCGUGCUGGUGCGAGGAGUCUACAUCGACGCCGAGGAGCCUGCGGGAGACUGUGUGGAGUUCCCCUGCCACUACCUAAGGUUGUUCUUCCAGAAGGAGAGGACCAAGAAGAGAAGAAAGAAUCUAGUCGAGAGCGCCGCUACCGCGAACGCAAGAAAGACAGAAGAAGCCAGCGUCCCUCUACAGAUCCCCGAGGAGAAAGUAUAGUAGAUUACUUCUUAGUUUUUGUGCAAAUCGGCUCGAUUAUAAACCCAUAAUUUAUUAUUGCCCAAACACAAUUUGUCUCACAUUUAGAAUCGUUCUUUUAACCGACUUAAAAUAGGAGCACGCAUGUUUUUACCCCUUCAAGUUUAAAAACCAAUCUACGUUUGUAAUGUCAUAUCUGUCGGCGCUGAUACCACUGAACCCACAGAGCGUAGACAGAGAAUCUCAGAACAUCAUCGUCGAUUGCACAUAGACGAAUAUUCGAGAAGAAUUAUAAAAUUAGAAAUUCAUUUUGGUGUUAUUAUAUAUCAUUAAAGAUAUUUUUGAUAGAUUUAAUUUGAAACAGAAAUGUAAUUAGCUUAUUAAUUAAUAAUAAAAUUAGAAAUUGGUAGAUAUUUUUAAUAGAUUUAAUUUUAAACAGUAAUGUAAUUAGCUUAUCAAUCGACGAUGAUGUUCCGAGAGUUUCUGUCUACGCUCUGGCUUCAGUGACGCCGACAUAUCCCAAAUCAUAUACAUAUAAACUAUUAAAUAUAUUGGUAAGUACUGUUUGUUGUAACAACAAAUAAAUAAAAUACUUUCUAACUGAAAAUAACUAGCAAAACCAUUUAUCAUUAAUACAUUGCUAAGUUGUGUAAAAUAUUUUUUUAGAUAUAAUGAAUUUUCAUAAUAAAUGCACAGGUUACCUAAAUUUUGCGAUUUAGAUCCGAAACUACUCGGGCUAAAACCAACAAGUUGUGUUAAGCAGCAGUUGCAAGUUGUGUUGAACCUAUGUCAAUAUCAAAGUUUUAGCCAAUCAUGUAAUAUCUAUUAUAAUCAUGACUUUAACCAGACUUUGUAACUAUUACACCUUGUAAAUAUCAAAUAUUUUUGAGCCGAUUUGAGAAUUAGAAUGUUUACUUAUUUAGUGUACAGUUGUUUGUAGUCUUAGCUUUAGUAUUUUUAGGGAUCAAAUUUUCUCUAGUGCCUUAUUGCUGGUACAUUUUACGUACGAUUUCUUUGGACAUGUAAUAUAUCGUCUCCUUUUCACUGCGACAUUUUGAACGCAUAAAAUCGGAACUAUGUGCUGCGUGCACAGAAUAAAGAAUGAUCCAGAAUAAGUCUUUACAAGCAGCGUGCUGAAGACGGUGAAACCCAUAAAUACCAAACGUUACGAAUCUCUUUGACAUCCGCAAAUACAAACAUUUUCAUAAUUGAACAAUAAAUAUACGAUACCAAUAAAAAAAUACUCCAUCUUAUUUCUUUAGCUUUUGAGAACAGUUUUUAAAAUAUUUAAAAACAUAAGACGCAAUUUUUCUUGAAAAUAUUGAAUAUUACUGAUGCGACGCUUCGUGUCAUACUGAAUAGAGAAUCUAUUCAUUUUGGAAUCUUGUAUUUGGAACGGCUACGACACCGUCGUGUUCCGUACGCUCUAUCUGCAUAUUAUUCUUUAAUCUGUGGCUGUGUGGUACAAUUUAUAAAUUAAGAAAUUCCAGCUAAAACACAUAUCAUGGGUAUUUUAUUAAUUAGAUAGUAUCGUGGUGAAUCGGGGACCCGUUUGAGAGACAAUUUCCGAUUUCCAUAGAAAAAAGGUAAAACAGGUUUAUUUUUUUAUUAAUUUUGUAUGAUGUAUGAUGAUUGAUAUCAGUAUUCAUUUUAUUUAUUGUCUUUGUACAUACAAUGUAGUAAUGUAAGUAUAAGGUCUUGAAAAAAUUUACUUUUAAUUGAUUACCUUCAUAUUGCAAUAAAUAACCCUGUAUGAUUUACACCUAUGAUUGUAUUAUCCUAAAGUGCCUAUUAGGCAAUGAUACAUGGGGUAAACAAAAGGCUGUUAAGCGCCUUUUUAACGAUCAAAUGUUAAGUGUUUGUCAUGAAAAAGUCAAAAAUAUUUUGAUCGUUUUUAACGCCCUUAAUGAGCUCUAAAAACUUUAGUAAGUUUGGCUUAUUAGCUAACCAAAAUGGUCUUGAAUCGCCAACCUCACUUACAAGUGAUAUCAUAUCGGCCAUAAAUAAAUGAUAAUUUAAAAUAUUGUCCUUAACUUGAUAUUGUUGAUACAAUAUAU